AGUCCAGACUGAGGAACUGCUGCUUCCCUCCUCUCUUCUCUACAGUAUUUGCCUUAUUUAAAGACCCUUCUGUUACUAGCCAAGCUGGGGACUGUCUCAAACCGUAACUAGCCUCUUAGGGGAAGCCCCGGACUCUGCGGACACUAACUCCUGAGCCGGAGACUCCAGGUGAAAUGUCCCCUCAGCAAAGAGAGGGACUGGGCUUUAAACCUUAGAGAGAUCUGCUUAGCAAAUCCUUGGUGAAGAUGUGACAACCCCGGUCUUGCCCAUUUCUCCUCCCCUGAGCAGGAUUUCCCAUUCCCAAAUAAGACAUGAUCUCCAUCCGGGAACGAGAGGAAGAGCCAUGGAUCCCUAAUCUCCAGAGCUGCGAUGAAAAGGAGAUGCUGAGUGGCACCUGCACAGAUCCCCUUCCUAAGGCAUCUUUUCUCUCCAAUGACUCGUCUCUGGAUUCUCAUUUCAAUGCACCAGGUGAUGGGAUUAUAAGUGAGAAUGAGGAGUAUGCCCACCAGGAAGGUCCUGAGUUAAUGGAACCAUGUGGCACAUUAUCAGGAAUAUCCCAAAGGAAUAUUUUCCAGAGUCCUGAGCAGAGCAAAGCCUGUGAGGGUCAGCACAGAUCAGAAAGGCAUCAGACAACUGCUCCAGAGAAGAGACAGGGUAAAUCAACUGUUUGUGAAAGAGGUUUCAGGAAACUGCCAGACAUUGACCAGCUGGGAAACCGCACUAUGGGGAGAUCAGCAAUAUGUGAUGACUGUGGGAAAAGCUUCAGGGUGAGCUCAAACCUCAGACAGCAUCAGAGAAUCCACACCAGAGAGAAACCCUUUGGAUGUGCCGAAUGUGGGGAAAGCUUCCGGCAGCGCUCGCACCUUAUUCAGCAUCAGACAAAGCACACGGGGGAGAGACCUUAUGAAUGUACCGAGUGUGGGAAAAGUUUUACUGUGAGCUCAAACCUUAUUCGGCAUCAGAUAAUCCACACUGGAGAAAAACCCUAUAAAUGUGCCGAGUGCGGGAAGAGCUUUAGUGGGAACUCACAGCUAAUCCAGCACCAGAGAAUCCACACAGGUGAGAAACCCUAUGAAUGUGGUGACUGUGGGAAGAGCUUCAGUGUGAGCUCAGCCCUUACUCGUCAUCAGCGAACCCACACUGGAGAGAAACCUUAUGAAUGCACCGUGUGUGGGAAAAGCUUCAGUCAGAGCUCAGACCUUAUGAAACAUCAGCGAAUUCACACAGGAGAGAGGCCCUACGAAUGCACUGACUGUGGGAAGAGCUUCUGUGUGAGUUCUCAUCUUAUUCAACAUCAGAGAAUCCACACGGGAGAGCGACCCUAUGAGUGUGCCGAUUGUGGGAAAAGCUUCAGUCAGAGCUCAGACCUUAUGAAACAUCAGAGGAUCCAUACAGGGGAGAGACCGUAUGAAUGUGCUGAGUGUGGAAAGAGCUUUAGUUGGAGCUCAGCACUUAUCAAACAUAGCAGAAUCCACACAGGGGAGAGACCCUAUGAAUGCGCAAGGUGUGGGAAAAGCUUCAGUCAGAGCUCGCACCUUGUUCAGCAUCAGAGAAUCCACACCGGAGAGAAACCCUUUGGAUGUGCUGAGUGUGGGGAAAAUUUCCGGCAACGCUCGCACCUUAUUCAGCAUCAGAGAAUCCACACAGGGGAGAGACCUUAUGAAUGUGCUGAAUGUGGGAAAAGCUUCAGUAUGAGCUCAAAACUCAUUCGGCAUCAGAUAAUCCACACAGGAGAAAAACCCUAUAAAUGUGCUGAGUGUGGCAAGAGCUUUAGUGGGAACUGGCAGCUAAUCCAGCAUCAGAGAAUCCACACAGGAGAGAGACCCUACGAAUGUGGAGACUGUGGGAAGACUUUCAGUGUGAGCUCAGCCCUUACUCGUCAUCAGAGAACCCACACUGGAGAGAAACCUUAUGAAUGUGCCGAGUGCAGGAAAACCUUCAGUCAGAGCUCAGAGCUUAUGAAACAUCAGAGAGUCCACACAGGCGAGAGGCCCUAUGAGUGUGCUGAGUGUGGGAAGAGCUUCACUGUAAGCUCUGCCCUCAUUCAGCAUCAGAGAUUCCACAUGGGGGAAAGACCUUAUGAAUGUGCCGAAUGUGGGAAAAGCUUCACAGUGAGCUCACACCUCAUUCAGCACCGGCGAUUCCACACGGGGGAAAGGCCCUACGAAUGUGCUGACUGUGGGAAAAGCUUCCUUUGGAGAUCAGCCCUUCUUCGACAUCAGAGAAUCCACACGGGAGAGAGACCCUAUGAAUGCACUGAGUGUGGGGAAAGCUUCCGUCAGAGCGCGCAUCUUAUCCAGCAUCGCCGAAUCCACACUGGGGAGAAACCGUAUGAAUGUGCCAACUGUGGGAAAGGCUUCACUGUGAGCUCUGCCCUUAUUCGACAUCAGAGAAUCCACAUGGAGGGGGAGCCCUAAGAGUGGUCUGAAAGUGGAGAAAGCUUCAUAUCCGAUAUCCUUCCAAGGUCUCCCAGUGGAUGGAAGCCAGUUGUGUUUCUACUUUGGGAUCACAGUUCUUCCCUGUUCAUAGUGAAUGAAAAAUGCCUUGCUGAGGAUGGAGUGUCGGUGGUCGAGUUAGAAAAAGAGGCAGUGUUGGUGCUUGAAGAAGAGUCAUGUAAGGCCCUGGGGUGUUGAGAGGAAUGCAUGCUGGGAGCCAAAGGAAGGGACCAGGAGGUGUUGGGGGGUGGGUCAUUUGGGUGAUGGAAGGAGAGUAAGUAGUGUAAUUAAGGGGAAAUCAUGUUUGUCAUUUUUAAUAAAUAUAUUUAAGAGGAAUGAAAAAAUGAGCACAGGGAGGACCUCAGACAAUUUAUAGUGGGAAAUAAAUGGAGCAUCUUCUAGCAGAUAGAGCAGAAGGUGGAAAGUCAGCACUCUUGGGUUCUAUUCCCAAUUCUGUCACAGACUUGUUUGGUAACUCUGGGCAGCUCACUUCACCUCACUGUGCCUUCAUUCCCCCCAUCUGUAAAACAGAGAUUAUAAUAAUGAUAAUCACUCUUACGGGAAGAUUUUACUAUUUAAUGUCUUUAUUAAAGUAGUGCCCAGAGGCCCCAUAGGAAUUGGGGCUGUAUUAUACUAGGUGCUGCCCAACAAGGUUUGCACAGUUCCUGCCCAGAAGAGUUUACAGUGUAAGAAACCAGCUUCCUUCUCUGGGAUUCUGUAGCUCUUGUUACUGACAAGAAUUUUUCUUGAAGUUAUGAGCUUUGAGGAUUCUUUUUGUGAGUGAAGGGAGCAUAGUUGUGUGUUUUUGUUUUUGUGUGUGUUUGAAAUAUGGAUUUUAAAGGUAUGAGUUUAAUUCUAGUUUCAAAUACCAUUCUCUUUAUUGUUUUUUUUAAAGUUCUAAUAAAAAGUUGUUUAAAAUGA